AGCCAGCCGGGGGACACCUGUCUCUGGGUGGCCAUAGCUUUCGGGGUCUUGGUCUCUCCGGCCCACGUUUGUGUAUGUUUCUCUGUGGCUGGUUUUCCAGAAGGGAUCCUGGGCGUGUGUGGCAGGGGAUGGCAGCUCAAGGGGAGGGCAGAAAGCACCGACACCCUUAUCCCCCUGGGAACCCCUCUUUCGCACACCACGCUCAGUCUAAAUGUGGGUUGGGGUACCUCGGAGAGGAAGAACACCAUUGGCAGUUCAUGGCUCCCUCUGGGGGGCUGUGGGCGUCUCUCAGCUCCCCGAGAUCCAAUAAAGGGGCAAACUUAGGGCUUGCUCUCAGGAAACAGCUCAGUGAAGGACAAACUAUCUGAAACCCUGUAGUACUGACCUGCCGCAUGUGCUGUUUUCCUCCUGCCUAGAAACCAGGCGAUGCGGAAGAAGUUAAUCUUGUACUUCAAGAGGAGGAACCACGCUCGGAAACAAUGGGAACAGAAGUUCUGCCAGCGCUAUGACCAGCUCAUGGAGGCCUGGGAGAAGAAGGUGGAACGCAUCGAGAACAAUCCCCGGCGGCGGGCCAAGGAGAGCAAGGUGCGCGAGUACUACGAGAAGCAAUUUCCUGAGAUCCGCAAGCAGCGCGAGCUGCAGGAGCGCAUGCAGAGGGUGGGCCAGCGGGGCAGCGGGCUCUCCAUGUCGGCUGCCCGCAGCGAGCACGAGGUGUCAGAGAUCAUCGAUGGCCUCUCAGAGCAGGAGGUCAGCUUUUUGGUGCCCGGACUGGGGGCAGAUGGACAAUCCCCACGCAGCGACCAUCCACCAGGCUGGCGGCCUCCUGGCAGGACCCCCAGCCCUGCCAGCGCAAGCGCACUUUCUUUGUUCCCUUGGGCCCCUCCGGACGACCGGAGCGCCGCCUGGGUGACCCUGGCGGUGGUCUUGGGGCCCAGAGACGAUCAGGAAGCAGAGGGGGUGAGGACCAUGUCGUGCCAGCCUGGUCCGUCCCGGGUCUCGCAGGUCAAGCUUCUGACCUGCUUGGUCCUGGCAACACAGCAGGCGUGAGGGAGGCUCGUGAGAGGAGGGGAGCCCAGUCUUCCCUGGGGGCUUUGACCCGGAGUGCAGCGGCCCCUGGCAACGCUGCUGUUCACGUCGAAACGAACUAAAAGGAGAGAAAACGACAACUUCAGUUCCUUGGUCAGCCCGGCACAUGGUGGGUGCUCAGCAGCCACGUGUGGUUGGUUGGUUCGUGGCUGCCACACGGGGCGGGGUGGGCAGCGAACACCUGCAUCACCGGAGCACCGCUCCAGCUGCUGAUUCUCCCACCGCACAGGCCCUACCCCCAGAGGUUCUGAUUUAGCCAGUCCGGGGAGGAGCCCAGGACUCUGCAUUUUCACCGUUACCCACAUAAUUUUGAUGCAGGUGAUUCAGACUGUCUGGCCAUGAAAAGAGAUCUUCUUUUUAAAAACUUCACAUG